UGUCACGCUUUCGAGAUUGUAUUUCGAUCAAUUUUAUUUCUAAUUUUGUGGUUUGGAGUUAAAUUACUGAUAAAUUGGGUAACUAUAAUCGUUGACUAAAUAGCCCAGUUCAAUGUAGUAGUGAAGAUUUUAUUGUUUUAUCACUAUCAGGCUGUGUACGAUGCCUUGGGUUCUUACGCUAUCGACCGUGUCAAACGUAGUCAAAUGGUGCUCAGUAGCCGAAGAGAUAGCACUCGUUGGUGUGUCGUCGCGAUAGUACUAUCCAUUCGAUACAAACAUCGAAGCAUGUUCGAUUGACAGGCUACCCGAUAAAUUAAUCUAGUCUCAUUCUUCCAUUACCCUCUGCAGAGGUAUUAUUGAAUUCAGUUUGUGUGUGGGACUUGGACUGAAAGCACAAUGUUUAGUGAGUCGUAUGAGAGACGUUUACUGCAGCAGUGCAGCCCUGUGACUAAGAGACAGCCAGUGCUGGUGCAGCCAGAACAUAUGGACAGGUUUAUUCCUUGCCGGCUGGGGAAUAACUGGCAGACCAGCUUUCAAGCAAUCCGCAGCGGCACAGAAAACCAGCCAGCUAAGAAGGCUCGCGGUGAUGGCACCGGUACAGAUGGUACUGGUGGUGGAAGAGAUCACUUGGCCUACGGAUGCCUACUCCGCAAUGAGCUGCUUGGAGCCGAGAUAGAUGAGCUAAGGGGACCCCCAGGAUGUGCUGAAGGCAGCAGAGCAGCGCUUGGAGCGGUCCAGCUGGCUUCGGCAGCUAAGGCAGCGUUAGCAUACUCACCACCAGUGUUCAGAUUCAGAGCGCCAGGACAUAAUUCAGAGGAAAACAUAGAUCCAUCACCGUACAGCCUAUCACCAAUCUCAGCGAAAUCUCAGAAGCUACUCCGCUCCCCCCGGAAGGCGACGCGCAAGAUCUCGCGGAUCCCGUUCAAGGUUCUGGACGCGCCGGAGUUGCAGGACGACUUCUACCUGAACCUGGUGGACUGGUCCGCGCAGAACGUGCUCAGCGUCGGCCUGGGGAGCUGCGUGUACCUCUGGAGCGCUUGCACUAGCCAGGUGACGCGGCUGUGCGACUUGUCCUCCGAGGGGAACGCCGUCACAUCCGUGGCGUGGAGCGAGAGGGGACACCUGGUGGCCGUCGGGACACAGAAGGGACACAUUAGCGUGUGGGACGUCAGUGUUAAUAAAGAGGUAACGAAGCUGCAAGGUCACAUAGCCCGUGUGGGCGCGCUCGCGUGGAACGGAGACAUGCUGAGUUCAGGGUCGAGGGACAGACAUAUCAGGCAGAGGGACACGAGGACGCCGGCGGUCCAAUCGUCCCGGGUACUGCAAGGCCAUAGACAAGAGGUGUGCGGUCUCAAAUGGUCGCCAGACGGCCAGUCCUUGGCGUCAGGAGGCAACGACAACAAACUCUUCGUGUGGUCUAUGCAUUCAACGUCACCAGUGCAAACCUACUCCUCCCACGUAGCAGCAGUCAAAGCGAUCGCGUGGUCGCCGCACCAACACGGCCUCUUAGCAUCUGGUGGCGGCACCGCUGACCGCUGCAUACGGUUUUGGAAUACGCUGACGUCACAGCCGCAGCAGUGUGUUGAUACAGGAUCACAAGUGUGCAACUUAGCGUGGUCAAAACACUCGAGCGAGCUAGUGUCAACGCACGGGUACUCACAAAACCAGAUCCUAGUAUGGAAGUACCCUUCGUUAACACAGGUGGCUAAACUAACCGGCCAUUCCUACCGAGUGCUAUACCUGGCUCUAUCGCCAGACGGCGAAGCCAUAGUAACGGGCGCCGGCGACGAAACGCUGCGUUUCUGGAACGUUUUCUCCAAAACGCCAUCGCACAAAGAGAACAAAAGCGUCCUCAACCUCUACACUGCACUAAGAUAAGUGGCAUAAGUGAAAUAAGUGGCACUUAUACUAAAAUAGUGCGUCCGCACUUAAUUUUAUACACCCCAAAACUGGGCAAUCGGAGGAAGACGAAAGCGUGAUACAAUUUGUAUAAUUAUACAAACCUAUAUCAAUAGUGUACAAUUGUAUAAACUUAUACACAAAUCUCGAGGAAGAUAUAUCGAAAGACAUUAACCAAACGUGUUUAGAGUGUUAUUAUAUUUUGUAGUUGUUUAUUUAGGUUAUUUAUUAGAGAACCGCUGAAGCAGUGUGUACAUAUCGCCUAUUACUACUUAGUACUACUUGUACAUUUUUUAUUAUUAUUUAAGAAUUAUGAUUCUUGUGUUCAGAAACUGUGUUGCGGUUGUUUUGUCAAAUAUAUUACUCAUCUGAAAUGUAGCUAUUGAUGUAAAUAAAAUAUCUUAGAGACAAAACAACUCAAAGCAGUUUUGGCCCGUAUUCCGACACUAUUCUCAAAACCAUUUUAUGUACGAAUUCACUCCUGUGAUUGGUUAAACUUAAUAUUUGUACCAAGCACAGGAUUUGACCUCGUCUUGAAUAGAUUAAAACUUGAGAAUCGGGUCUUAAUACGGGCCCAGUAAUGCUAAAUUAUUUCUAAAUAGUGUCGGAACAUUAACAGUCAAUAAAUAAAGUAUAUUAUGUUCGGAUACUCAUUUGUGAAAUGUAUUUAGCUGUCAUAACAGGCGUUGUUAGAAAUUGUUCUAUAAAAAUCGUCUUUGUUUUGUUCCUAUAUUUUUUCUUAGGCUGCUUUCCUUUAGAUGGCAUCAGGCACAAUUCUCAUACAACUUUAGAAAUAAUCGAAUCAUAUGUUUUGAAUUACUUUCAGUAGGGCUACUCCGAAACGCUGUUUACGUAGUUUCGAAUCUAUCUGUCCCCGUCGCUUAUGCUGGCAUCUUGCUUUGCGUGAGAGAGAUGGCAACAUUUGAAACUUCGGAUUACGUUUCUCGGAGUAACCCCGCAGUUCACUGAAUAGUUUUUAUUAAUUUCAGUUUACUCCGUCCUUUAACUAACGUUUUAUUCAAUUAAAAUUGUCCAAUUGUGAGAUUAAGUGUUGCCUGAUGCUAAUUUGAUUUUUAUAGUGAGAAUUAAUUAGUGCCAAUCAAAUAAUUACGAAAUAUUUGCGAUAAUAUAUGUUUCUGUGAAUCAGAAAAGCUGGUCUGUAAAAUGUUUUUGACUUUCAUUCCUUUCGCAUUUUGGAAUGCUCUUAUAUCGUGUUGUUUGUUGUUUUUUCUUCUACGUUUUUAUCAUUGGCAACACAAUGGAAAUGUCAAUUUGACAUUGACAGGUCUUUUUUUUACAUUUUUGAUCUCUGAUCACAAAUACUUUUUCAAAAUGGUUCAAUGACCUAAAACAAGAAAUAAUUAAUCUCAAGAAUUAUGUUCAAGCCGGUAUUUCUUGAUACAAUUUACAUGUUAUCAAACGUUUUCUAAACAUUGUUAUGUGAAGAAAAAACAUCUUUCAACACGGCAUAUAGUGUAUUUUUCUAUCAAUGUACAUAAGUUUGUGUAUCAAUCAUUUAUAAAUGCACUUUGAGCUGUUUUAUUUGGUACUUAUGUAAAAACAUGGUGUUAAUAUUUAUGUAUUUAAGAAUCUUGCUACACUGGCGACACUGAUGACAAGCAAAUUUUAUAAUGUGGCAACAUUGUAAAAUACUGUCAAUUUGUAUGCCUUAUUAGCACGAGUCUUAUACAUUGACGUUUUGACUAAUUUAUAUGUGAAUGAAUUUUUAGACCGACUUGGUUAUAUUUAUGUUUUUAUACAGAUAUUUCUGAUUAACUACUAUUUGAUUUGAUCAUUACUUAUAUUCGAUGUGUGAUUUGCCUAAAUUUUUAAAAGUAGUUACUAAUUUAGUUGUUUUUUUUGUUUCAGUUAAAUUAUUGGUGUUUUGUGUAUAUCUUUUCAGUUGAGAGAACGGGACGUGUAUUAUCUAUAACAUAACCAUCUCGUUUUCUCAAAUGUUCUUUAUUGCACUUCAAAGUUCCGGCUACGUGGCGAAAAAUAGGUAACAAAAUUAUGGUAUAGUAGGUAUUUAAUUUGUGUGAUUACGAAUCCAAUUUCCUUGCUUUAUUAAUAAUGACUAAUAUACUUGAAAAAUUAACUGUAAUUUAUAAUUUGCAUUUACAAAAGACUAAAAGCAAAGAGGUUGGAAUCUCCGAAUUUCUUAAUUUAUCAAUUAAAAUUUAAGUUCUAAAUUAUAUUGGGUGCCUCAGAUGAUCUCAUUAUAGUACGAUCAUGAAACUUCAUUAUUAUGAUUAGUUGUAGCAGGGAUGUAUGUAUUUUUCUUUUUAUUUAUUUCUUGUGUAUAACAUAAGUUAGAAUAAGGUAACUUUGGUACUUUACUUGCACUUGAUUGGGUAAAAUAGUAAUUUAAAUCCAUUCUUGUCUAUUGGGCCACUAUGUUGAGCGAUUUCGAUAUAUCCCACUCUUUCCCUCAUGGCUUUUUCAGUGUUAGCGACAGAGAUGGAUAGAGUUGAAUGUAUUGAAGUUGUUUUACAUUGAGCUUUGACUUAUUUUCUUUGGUGUCGAAAUAAAUGUGAUUUUAAAUAACUGUAGAUUGAACUUGAAAACGAAACCCCUUUAUGGAAAUUAUAGUGCUAUAUCACUUGUUAAUUAAUUAAUAGCUGUUCAAGUAUUUGUCUCUUUCUGUUAGACAUUGAUUUCAAUGUAAUAAAAAGAGAACAGUGUUUUGCUUGAAACAGUAAAAGUGGAGCGUUUAAGUUUUUAUAAUUAUGGGGGUUUUGAAUUUUAAUUAAUACAUUUGGUGAUUGCUAUACUUUAUCGUACAGUCAAUCGUAGUUUGCCUUUUCGAUGUCAUUAGUUUUUGUGGUGGUUUUUAGAGGUAACCUCUAUUGGAAUAUUUUAGUGUGCUGUGUAUUGAAUCAAUAUUUGUGUGUGUACUAUAAUGUAUAUUAUUGGUUUAUGUGCAAUGUAGGUUACUUGAUAGUAUCAAAUUUGCUGUGCUUGGACUGAUUUGGACAUCGGUAACUAAUCUGAAAAUUUUAAAUACCUUUAAAGUCAAGAAAUAUAAUAGAAUUGUUAAUAAAAUAGAUUUCUAACAAGUACUUGUGUGUACUGUUGGCUAAAUCAUGAUUAUGGAUCAUGACUCAUGCAAAAAUCCCUAUCUAAUUCACAGUUCUAGAUGAGUUUUUUCUUGGUACUAUUGAAAGAGUUCAAUGAUUGGUAUUUAAAACUUAUUUGUUUUAACAUAAAUAACCGGAUGGCUAACAAAAUAAUUUAGAAGAAUUAGUUAUUGGUCUUCCUAAGUCGUGUCCAGUUAGACAAGCAAAUGAAAUAUCCUAAAGUACUAGAUGUUAAGCGAAACGGAAUUAUAUUUGAUGCCAAAUAUUAACGUACUAUAAGAUAGCUUAGCGGCUUUGCCAUGUUAAAAACAUGUUUUUGACUUACAUGAAAUAUUUCAUUACUUUGUUUAAAUCUGAUUUGUAUCUUUUUUUGGUUACUAAUAUUAUUGGAUUCCUUUUGAAUGAUAAGGCUCCUCCCUUAUCAUUCAAAAGGAAUCCAAUAAAUGGAUGACCCUUCAUGUCAGAUUAUGUGACGUCACUAGAGACUUCAUUUAGUGACUUCUUGUAUCGUAUGUCAUUUAAAUCGACACGUAAUAUUUGACAGUUGAUUUAUGUAUCGGUGGACUAUGAUAAAUAAAUACAAUAGUAAAUAAAUACAGUAUGGUAUGAUUGUGCUCAUAUUUGUUAUAAAUAAUAUUUAGUUAUUCCCGUACAGUCAACCGUAGAAUGUGUAGACAAUAUACACUUUAUUCCAUAAGUAGUUUGGCUGUAUAUACGAGACAGUGCAAUAAUUUUACGGUGGACUGUAUAUAUUUUUUGUAAGUCAAGUGGGUUCAUACGAAAUAUAGUAAUAAAUAGUGUAUUUCAUGGGAUAAUAUUUUGUGUUGGUAAAUGUUAUUAUUUAUGAUAAUAAUCUUCUUUCUACGCUAUCAUUGAUUUCUUAGUUUUUCUAUAAUGACGUUCCACGCAAAAUAUAAAUUAGUAUUUACUUGCCAAGUAAUGAAACUUUUACUUUAUUUUAUUUAUGUAUCAUGUAAACUACUUUUAUUUUCGUAUGGACUAAAAGCCGUCAAAGUAUAAAUAUUACGUUGUUUUGUAAUACUUAUCCGUAUUCCGUUAGGGUGAACUAAUUGUAAUAGAAGUAUUUAAAUAUGUCAUAUUAUAUUUCACUGCUGUAUAAACAUUUUGCUUUAGCAAAUCUCAGCAUUAUAUUUCAACAAAUAAUACACAUCGACUGUAAAAAGUUAGCGAAUUAUUAAUAUAUCGUCUGCUUAUAUUUGAUGUGUAUUAUUUAAUAUUAUCACUGCUAAUAAAACCCAACCCUAACAAAGUAACAUCCUUAGCUAUAGGACCUUAAAUUGUAAAGUAAAUGAAGAUUUAUUUAUAUAUAAAGAAAACUAAUAUAUUAUAUUAUGCAAUGCACUUUAGUAAAUAUAGACUGAUAAUAAUUUAGUGUGUAACAACUUAUGUGAAUGUAGUAUUUUGAAAUUAAAAUUGUGUGAAAUUAA